AUGACCUCCAAACGCACCCGCUCUUCCCUCCCUUGCCCACACCUGCAUCGCUGCGCCCUCUCCUUCCUGGCACCGUUCCCCCUCCGCACCUCGCAUCGCCCAACCCUCUCGCUGUCCCGCUCCCCCCACCUCACCCCUCUCCGCCCCUCCCUCGUCUGCCCGCGUGUCCCGCGCAUGGUCCUCCAAUCGCAGAACACCCGCGACGUCGACGACCGCGUCCUCCGCGCUGUCACCUCGCUCUCGCGCCAGGACCGCAUCACCGUCUCCGACGUCGCCGCCACUGCCGGUCUCGACCUCUCCCUCGCCAACGACGAGCUCGUCUCCCUCGCAAACCUCACAGGUGCCGCCAUCGACGUCACCGACGCUGGCGCCAUUGCCUACCGCUUCCCCCGUGACGUCCGCGCCGCCCUCCGCAGCGCCUCCCUGCGCGCCUCCAUCCGCAUGACCUGGGACCGCGCCUUCCCCACCAUCUUCACCGCCAUCCGCCUGGGCUUCGGCGCCCUCCUCAUCCUCUCCAUCGUCGUCACUUUCGUCGCCAUCACCGCCCUCUCCUCCGCCUCGCGCUCCGACGACGACCGCCGCAGCUCGCGCUCCUCCUUCAUGCCCGUGCGCCUCUUUGCCCCGGACAUCUUCGACGUCAUGUUCUACACCCGCCAACGCCGCUACUACGCCCGCACCCAAGGCUCCGCAGACGAAAACGAAAUGUCCUUCCUCGAGGCCGUCUACUCGCUCGUCUUCGGCGACGGCGACCCCAACCAAGGCCUCGAAGACCGUCGCUGGCGCCGCGUCGCCGCUGUCAUCCGCGCAAACCGCGGCGCCGUCACAGCAGAACAGCUCGCCCCGUUUUUAGAGCUUGAAGACAACCCCACCCGCUCUUCUUCCACCGCCGUCGUCGACGAGUCCUUCGUCCUCCCGGCCCUCCAGCGCUUCCAGGGCCAUCCCGAGGUCACAGACGCAGGUGAUAUUAUUUAUGUCUUCCCGUCAUUUUCCACCACGGGGUCCAAAAUGCCCAACGUAGAGUUUGCCGGCCGCGGCUCCGCCGCCCGUGACGGCUUGGGCGGACCAUCCCUCGUCGAAAAAGAGCUCACUAUGAGUCGCGCCCCGAUCGGACAACGUACCAUGGUCAUCGCGCUUGGCGUCGUCAACGUCCUCGGCGUUCUCACACUGGGCGCAAAACUCGCCGCCGUCACUCCCCUCACGGCCGACGCGGCCGCCCUUGUCAACCUCAUUCGCUCUAUUUAUCCUGCCUUGGCCACGUACGCCGCCUCUUUUGUCUUCAUUCCCUUGGCCCGGUUCUUCAGGCAGAGAAAGGUCAACGGCGAGAUCAGGAAAAGGAACCGCGCCCGCGCGGCCGCCUCUGUCCUCGCCUCCAGACCGGACGCUACUCUCAGGGCCAAGAUGGCCGCUGCUGAGGCUUAUGCGCAGAAGGGUAACGUUGUCAAGUCCUCGGAUGUCAUUUACUCAUCCGAUAUGGACGUUUUGGAUCAGAGGGCGGCUCAGGAGAAUGUGAUCGACGACUUCGAUCGCCGCCUGAAUAGCUAA